AUGGACAUGGGAGGAGAUCUUGGACAUCCUCACCCAGUGAAGCCCCUGACCCCAGAGGAGAAGAGGCGGGCGGAACUUUCCGAGGGGCGGUCGGUGCUGGACAAACUGAAGUCCUCCAUCCACUCUGGGAGGAGCAGCCAGCCCACCAAUCAGCAACCUGAGAAGAAGUCUCUGACUGAGGGAGCUGGGCCUUACUACCACCUGACCCACAGUGAGCUGGUCGCCCUCCUCCUCCAACGGGAGGCAGACCUACACCGGCAGAGGGCGGAGUUUGACCAACAGGGUGCGUUGCUAGCGAAGCGGGAGGCAGAGUUGAAGAAGAUGAAGCCUCAGGUUAGGGAUCUGGAGGACUACAUAGACACACUGCUGGUCCGCAUUAUGGAGCAGACUCCCAUCAUCCUGCAGGUCGGCACCAAGCUCAAGUGACCGAGAGAGGGACUGGUGGAAUGGGGGUAACUAGCACCUGGGUUGUGACAUUUCCUGGUUGAUUCCCGGGAUCCGGAGGGAAUAAGCAGGAAUUCUCCAACUGGGAUUCCUGGAAAACCUGAGAAUUUUUUUUGACGCAAUUUUGCAA